CGCGAACUUGGUUGUGGCACGUGGUAUCAGAAAAAACGGAUCAAAUCAAAAUGCACGGAAAACCAUAAGAACCACAUACUGUUAAACCACAAAGUGCCACCAUAUUAAGCCACCCAACACCUCCCACCGUUCACAUCUCCCACGACGCAAUAAAAUAUCUCAUCCACCGACUUCACCCUUUAUCCCGUCACUUGCAAUCCAAUCAGGAACAGCAACCAUAAAGAAAGAAAGAAUAUGGGGGUGGUCAUCAUCGAUGGGUCAACGGUCCGUAACUUCGUGAACGAUGAAUCCCACUUCCAGAAGAGCGUUGAUGAAACUUUUGCCAAGCUUGAUCUUAACAACGAUGGAGUUUUGUCCCGCUCUGAGCUUCGAAGGGGCUUCGAGACUCUGCGUCUGAUGGAAGCCCACUUUGGGAUCGACGUCGUCACCCCUCCAGAGCAGCUCUCCCAGUUGUAUGACGCCAUAUUUGAGAAGUUUGAUUGUGAUAAGAGUGGAACCGUUGAUCGUGAAGAGUAUAGGUCUGAGAUCAAGAAGAUAUUGCUUGCUAUUGCUGAUGGUUUGGGCUCCAGUCCUAUCCAGAUGGCUCUUGAGGACGAUAGCAACAGUUUUCUCCAGAAAGCUGCUGAUCUUGAAGCCUCUAAGCUUCAACAGCCGUCUUCUGUUUAAUUAUCCCUGCUAUUCCUCCUACUUGUACUGUCAAAUACCGUAGCCUGUGUUGUUUUACAGCUACUUUGUAUGCUUUCCAUAAUUGAAAUAAAAUUUUGGCUAAUCUUAAUUUCUUUAA